GGAAAUGCGCCAACAUGAGAUUUGGCGAUGGGGGCAGGAAGUCGUCCGCUGUCGGCGAUGGCGCCUCGGGCUGUGGUGGUAUGUGGGAGGCUUCGCUCUCAUGUGGACGAUCUUGAUGGCAACCGACACGUGGGAGGAAGGUGUUGUCAUGGACGAAGUCACAGCGUUCGGGUCCCUCACCAACUCCCAAGACACGUACCCCGACCUGUGCCGCAUUCGAAACUACGACGCACUAAAGCGCAUGUCGAUCGUGUACACGUGGGUAAAUGGCAGCGUGCCAUGCUACCGUGCUUGUCGACACAGGUUUGGUGGCGACGACGCCGUCGGCGGAUCUCGCGACCGCGAGAUUGGGGAAUUGAAGUAUUCGAUUCGGUCGGUGCUGCGCUUCCUUCCAUGGUUCGAAGGCACCGUGUAUAUCGUGACGCCUGGCCAUGCGCCGCUAUGGCUCAACCAGAGCCAUCCCCGCAUCCACGUGAUCCACCAAGACACCCUCAUCCCAUCGGCGGCGACAAGCAACCUCCCCACGUUCAACACCAACGUCGUCGAGCAGUUUCUGUACCGCAUUCCAGGGCUUUCGGACCUCUUCAUGCACUUUAACGACGACUACAUCUUGACAGCACAUGUGCGUCCCCACGACUUGUUCACGUGUGACGGCGGCAUCCGCAUCCUUCACGAGCCCGCCAUCAUUCCUCGGCCUCGUCCGAUGGAGCAUUCUUCCCGCGGGGCGUGGAUGCAAUCCGUUCUCGCCACACGCGAUGCCAUCGAUGCCAAACUAGGCUACACGGCGACGCAUCAUUUUCUCAAGCACGCGCCGUUUGUGUACAGCCGUCGCGCGUUCGCGCGACUGCAUCAGAUCUUUUCCCACGAGCUGCGCGCGACGUGGCGCCAUCGAUUCCGAAGUCCUCACGACAUGAACGUCCCGCUCCUCCAUCACGGGUACAUGCUUGCGCAGGGCCGCAUCGAGCUCGGGAUUCCCGCCGACGCACCGCCGCCGUCCCCCGAGUUUCAACUCGUCAUGCUCACCGACACCAACCAAGAUUUCGUCAAGAGGAUCUUUGCCGCCGUGUUGCGUCGACAGCAUGGCGCCAAGCUCUUGGCCCUCAACGACGAGUACACCGACAUGGCUGUCGUCGACACCGUGCGGACAUUUCUCGCGGCGUUUUUGCCGGACGCGUCGCCUUUUGAACUCGACGAGGAAGCGGCGACCAUGACGGAGCAGCCCGUACAAGCCAUGUGCUGUGCACGCGAGUCCGAGAUCGAAGGAAGCACGGACUGGGAAGGUGGCGCGUCGUCGAACUCGAUCGUUCUCCGCGCCGUCAAGCCACCGUCCAUGGCGCUCGCGUUUUUUCGUGCUGCUGUUGAGGGCGCCGGGUUCGCGUUCGGCCUUCUCAUGGUGCUCGCCGUGCGGCAUCAACUCCGUGAUGGGGCGCCCAGCUACCGCCAUCCCCACACGGAAGAAGAUGGCGACGUUGGCUGUGAUCCUGGUGCUGCAUGAUGAGCGCCACACGAUCGGGGUGGCGAAGGCAGUGCCGGCGCGGACCGAGCAGCAUUGGAAACAUGUAUAGAAGCCGAAUUAAAAUCCCCGCGCGCGACGACGGGCUGUGAAUUUGCUGUCCGACUUGACCUC